GUUGCAUAUCCCUCCAUCCCACAACUUCCGCAGGAUAGUCACUCUUCAAAAGAACCAUCAUUAGUCUGCAUUACACUCUGUGCACGGAAGGUGAACAGCAAAGAUGAGUACUUCUCUUUCUCUACAAGUUACCAUCACUCCCCCAGUUAUUCCAGCCUUCUCCGAGCCGCCGACAGUGCCUAUACAAGUGUCUGUGCACAAUCCCUCCGACACGCCGAUCACAGUGCUCAACUGGGGUACCCCGCUGGACCCUAGCGCUAAUGUCCUAAGUAUCUUCGACCUCCGUGAUACAACCGAAAAUCAGCCGGUGACCCUGCCAACCAUCAAAAUAUCCCGUCGGAUGCCACCCUCGGUUGAUGAUCUGGUAGAAAUCCCGGCGGGCAGUUCGGUCGAGAAGGAGGUUACACUGCCUCACGUUCCACUCACCAUGGGACACGAGUAUUCCGUCCAGGCUAAGGGAAACUGGCAUUCGGUGUGGGAGAGUCCUCGCGACGACGUUACUGCGGAGAAGCUGGAGCACCUUGGAGCUGCCGAACGGGGCGAGUUCACAUCAAAUGUUGUUGCCCUACGCAUUGAAUGAGAGAGAUGAUAUUGUAAUUUGUUGAUUUCCCCAAUGUUGAAUUGGGUAG